AUGGAUAAACCAUCAUCAUCAUCUUCGUCCUCGCUUCCAACUUCUUCCUUACCCCUUCAACAGCGAGAUAUAAGAGCCUAUAUGAUGCAAUCGCGGAAACGCAAAGCCUCAUCUGCGGGGGAAGUUGACACGGUUGGAACCAUAAACAAUAACAGCGAUGAUGGUGAUACCCACGAAGACGACGAAAAUUCCAAUACCCCUACAACAGCAUCUAUCGACCAGAGCUACUCACUUCUACCACCAUCCAAAUCAAAACCAUCAUCAAAAUCACACUUUGUCAUUUCAAUUUAUACUCGUCACGUGGAAUCUAUCCUCGCUGGUACCAAAACGUAUGAGUUCCGCAAAUACCCUCUUCCGGCAAGAGAUAUGUGGAUCUACGAGACGGCUCCCGUGAGCGCGAUCAGGUACUAUGCCGUCAUAGCUGCACCGUGCCGACCAGGGGAAAUUCCAGAGGACCAGUUACACAUUGAGCGGAAUCGCCAAUUCAACGAUGGGCUUUCGGGUACCUUGGUUCCUGAGAAAGCAAAAAAAAAACCGCGGAAAGAAGUGAACUGGUAUGCUCACCGAAUUUUAGAGGUCUGGAAACUCAAAGAAGCGAUGAGCUUGAAGGCCCUGGUAGAGAAAGGAUGGAUAGGAGGGGCACCGCAAAAAUACGCCUGGCUGGAUAUAGCGAAAAUAUCCGACGUGAAAGCCGAAUCAUCUAGGGUUGAAACAUCGACCUAA